UCCGUUAUCCCCAUCACUACCACCCAUGGACCACAUCCCUUCAUCACCCCCCGUUGUCCCCGCACUGACCUCGGUGGUGUCAUGGAUAGGACACGGGUGUCCCCACGGGGCAUCAUGCCGCUGGGGCGGGAUGGAUCCAGCUGGAAGAAGAGGACUGAGGAUAUCCGUCGGAUCUAUGAGUUCCGGGAGGUGCUGGGCACGGGGGCCUUCUCCGAGGUGGUCCUGGCGGAGGAGAAAGCGACGAGGAAGCUUGUGGCCAUCAAGUGCAUCACCAAGAAGGCGCUGGAGGGGAAGGAGACCAGCAUCGAGAACGAGAUCGCCGUCCUGCACAAGAUCAAGCACCCCAACAUCGUGGCCUUGGAUGACAUCUAUGAGAGCAGCACCCACCUCUACCUCAUCAUGCAGCUGGUCUCGGGGGGGGAGCUCUUUGACCGCAUCGUGGAGAAGGGUUUCUACACCGAGCGGGACGCCAGUGCCCUGAUCCGGCAGAUCCUCGAUGCCGUCAAGUACCUGCACGACAUGGGCAUCGUCCACCGCGACCUGAAGCCCGAGAACCUGCUCUAUUACAGCAUGGACGAGGACUCCAAGAUCAUGAUCAGUGACUUCGGGCUGUCCAAGAUCGAGGGCUGUGGCAGUGUCAUGUCCACGGCCUGCGGCACCCCCGGCUAUGUGGCUCCCGAGGUACUGGCACAGAAGCCCUACAGCAAGGCAGUGGAUUGCUGGUCCAUCGGGGUCAUUGCAUACAUCCUGCUCUGCGGUUACCCCCCGUUCUAUGAUGAGAACGAUGCCAAACUCUUUGAGCAGAUCCUGCGGGCAGAGUAUGAGUUUGAUUCACCCUAUUGGGAUGACAUCUCGGAUUCGGCCAAAGACUUCAUCCAGCACCUGAUGGAGAAGGACCCCUGCAAGCGCUUCACCUGCGAGCAAGCCCUGCAGCAUCCCUGGAUCGCCGGGGACACGGCUCUGGACAAGAACAUCCACCAGUCGGUGAGCGAGCAGAUCAAGAAGAACUUCGCAAAGAGCAAGUGGAAGCAAGCCUUCUAUGCCACGGCCGUGGUGAGGCACAUGAGGAAGCUGCAGCUGGGAACCAGCCAGGAGGGCCCUGCGCAGACAGCACCAACCAGCGCCUGCGAGCGGCCGGGGGGGGGCACCAGCAACGGGUCGCACCACGGGCGCCUGUCCCCGAGCAGAGCCCAGCAUCAGCCCCAGCACUGAGCACGGCCCCACACGGACACAACCUGGG